GUGGGUCUAUUCUCCGCGACUAGUAAAUGCAUAAUAAUCGAUUGAUGCAUAUCAACGUGUCCUCACUCGCGCUUGAACCAUGUCGCAUCUACAGCAGCUAUCAACGACCAAGCAUAACGACGAACUCUCAAAACGAUAUGAGGCGGUACAGUUGAGCGACGUCGCAAAAGAUUUCUCCUCAGAAAGAGUCAGGGAUACAACAAGUCAACCGAUUCCCUGGGGUUGCCUUGCACCGAACAUCUUGGCCCAGUCCAACGAACCUCCCGAUUGUUCCUCUUCCACUAGACCACCACCAUGCAUUCAUCUCUAGUUAGAGUACAGAAUGCGUUCGGAUUCUUCACGACCGUAGCCUUCGUCGUCGCGGCAUUCAUAGCGACGUCGGACUUCUUUGCGCCGCGGAUACCGAGCGGAACGCUAAAGACCACGAAUCUCCAGGUGAUCCGCGGUCGGCCGCACAUGUACAGCACCAAGAAGGAGGAGUACGCGGUGAUGAAGUUCAACAUGGAAGCGGAUCUGUCGACCCUAUUCAACUGGAACACGAAAUCCGUCUUCGUCUACGUGACCGCCGAGUGGCCAGCCGGCCCCGCGAACGAGACCGACAGCGCCGUCAUCUGGGACAGCAUCAUCACGAGCCCGAGCUCCGACCACCUCGCCAACAUCGGCCCCGCGACCCUCAAGAAGCUGCGCAAGAGCGCCAAGGGGAAGAGCAUUGAUCCUAGCCGAGGCAAGCUCUCCCUCAAGAACCAGCGCCCAAAAUACCAGAUCGUCCAUCCGUCAGGCAAGAUCGCCAAGACGGAGGACCUCGUCCUCAGGCUGCACUACAACGUCCAGCCGUGGGUCGGGGUCCUGACAUGGGACCUCGAGUCGGACCUCGGCCUGUGGAAGAAGGUCAAGGGCGGCGUGAGCAAGAGGUUCGCCCUACCCGCCGUGAAGCAGAAGGACGCCGGGAAGAAGUAGCCCUGCGAUAGAGCCGAGCCAGGGGAGGGCAUAAGGGCCGAGGGGGGGCUAUGCUUUUUGGAUUUUCUUCUUGUUUUUGGGUCCGGUCGAUCGACAAGUUGGGCGUUUCGAGGGAGGGAUGGCAGAGCCGGGCAAAUGGAAUGAUUACCUAGGUCGCCAGAAAAAGAAAUAAAAUUACAUACUAUCACUGCAUACGUCGGGGUUUCUUGGCGAGAAUGCUAUCUU